AUGGCCGGGAAACUCGACCCCAAUACGGACAUCGCCGUGCUUACUGAUGACGAGCUCAAGGAGCUCAUCCAGCGACUGGGACUGGAGUUCCCCAGAAAGGCGAACAGGCCAAUGCUGAUUGCCCUACUGAGAGGAUCCAAGGACUCGGCUCCCCAAUCAUCAAAUAACCACCAUUACAAGCACCUGUCCAAUCUGUGUGAGGAGUUUCACCUCCGCAAUGUCGUGACUUCACCAACGCGACUUGCCAAGACAUGUCUGGAUCUAAUACUCGUUUAUGCUGCCGCACCACAUGUUAAGACAACUGUAGUAUCUGUAGACGGCGUGAGCGACCAUGAUCUCGUUCUGACUAACUUCUCCUACAAAGCCACGCAGCAAGCUAACUCCCGCCUCAAAUUCGUGCGCAAACCGCUCCCACAUGCAAUUAACCCCGCUACACUCUGUGAUGAUAUCGACAGCACUCUGGAGCCUCUCCCCAAGUCAGCUGAUGUCAAUGCACAAGUCACCCAGCUUUCACACUGUAUUACUCGAGUUUUAGACAAACAUUCACCGAUCUGCCCCGUGGUCUCACCAGCUUUCAGUAAACCGAAGCCUCAGCCAUGGGUGACACCUCAGUUGAAACAGCUCCUCCAGCAACGAAUCCACCUACAUAGAAAAGUACGCACUCACCCGUCAGAUCAACAGCUUCUGCAGAGGUAUCGUGCAAUACGGCGAGAAGGCACUCUCCUCAACAGGCAGCUGAAGUCACAGUAUUACAUCAGAGAGUUCAAAAAUCGUCGCCAUGACCCACGAGGCCAAUGGGCCAUUAUCAAUAGCUUGUCUGGUAGAACAGCAGUGAGGGCUGCCCCAGCAGCCACACUCGCCGAUCUGACAACUACCUUCGCCGAGAUCGUCCAUGACCCUGCCAGACCAGUCGAGCUGCCCCUACCCGUUGCAGACCCCAAUAGCACUACUCUUUUGGAGUUUGAUACCGUCAGCGUCGAUACCAUCUCCAAGUUGCUUGAAUAUCUGGUAUCCAACAAAGCCACCGGCUCCGAUGAUACUCCGUCCUGCAUCCUGAAAUCCUGCAGAGAUUCAGUCUCGUAUCCGUUAACUGUUAUCGUCAACCAGUCUCUUCGCUCUGGCAUCUUUCCUGCUGCCUACAAACAUGCCCAUGUCUGCCCUGUUUACAAAUCUGGUGAUAAGACCUCAGCCUCCAACUACAGGCCAAUCUCACUGUUGCCUAUCGCGGCCAAGAUCCUAGAGAAGGUUGUCCACAAGCAAGUCACUUCGUAUUUCACCCAGAAUCCAGACCUGUCAGCCAUACCAGCUGAACAAUUUGCGUACCGCUCACACCAUAGCUGUGAGGAUGCCCUGACACUUUGCAUAGACAGAUGGAACAGAGCACUUGACAACGGUGACCAAUGCGGAGUAGUCUUUGCGGAUAUGAGCAAGGCGUUUGACCGUGUGCAGCACACAGGUCUGCUGGGAGAGCUAACCACCACUGGCUUAGGCGGCACUGUCCUCAAGUGGUUCUCAGACUAUCUCACGAACCGCAGCCAGCAGGUUACUGUCAAUGGGCGUCGUGAAGCCCUAAACCUGGGAACGCUGGGCUGCGAAAUGGUGCAAGGCGCAAAUUUGCGUGCCAUCGUUGGAUUUCACUCAGCAAGAACAAAGAGAAUAAUGGACCUCCAGCGGAGAACAAAGCAGCUACCUGCACUGAGCUCCACAUUCACAGUCGUCACGUUUAGCUGUGGAUUCCUACAGUGA